UCUGCCUCAGAUGCUCUGCUGUCCCUGGCAACUGCGGUCUCCCUAAGAGAAAGCUCGAGGUUUUUCUGGAAAUGAUUCCACAUAGAUGGGUAUCUGUCACAGCUCCUUCCAAAAGGAUAAAUAGUGGUUUUGCACGCCACCUGUUCCUCCAUCCAGGAGGCCUCCUACACCUGGUAUCAAAGUCCCAGCACCCAGCUGAAAACCUGACGGCCACCACACGCAGAUUUGAACCAGUAGCAGCUUCCUGGGCAACCCAAACAUGAUGUUGUGCUGGGACUUGUGCUAUACCACUGUCCUGAUGUUAGCAAGGAGAAGGUGCUAUGGGAGGAGGUAUUGCACUCAUUCAAGCUCAUCCUACUCUGUGGAUUCAGUCCUGAAGUCUGCCCUGCUGUACUGUGUCUACCAACAUAAUCUGGGUUUGGAGCAAUCUGUAAGUGUAAAACCAUCAUUUGUGGGUUUCUGGCUCAAACACCCAUUGAUGACAUGGACUUUUCAGUCACUGCUCUGGGAGCUAUGGAUACAUGGCACCCAAAAGAUGCGAAAUGGUACCAGUGAUUUCCACCCACAGCAGACUGGCAGCUCAUCCACUGUCACUAACCAUCUCCUUGGAGGAAAGCUUUUGUGGAAAAGUCUCUCUAGAUGUUUUAUGGAGCCUGCGGUACUCUUCCAGCACAAACCCAGCCACAAGUAUCCUAUAACUAAUUAGUGCCCACUUGGUUACAAUAGCAAAGUCUUUUGUCUCUUGAGUAAGUGAAAAGCUGGGCAUGAAGAUUCAGUGCAGAAAGGAAAAAAAAAUUACAAAAGAGAUAUCCCCAUAUAUUGAAGAAAUUUUCCAUGGAAAAAGCAGCUAAACAUCUCACAGAUAAGAGAUAAAUUGGAAUAAACAGCUGUCAGUGUUAAAUAAAUAUCCUGGAUAAUGUGCAGGACAGAAAUAACUACAGCAUUGUCGAACUCCUUUCUUCACUUUAUUUAGCUGUUCUUGCAUGUAGCUCCCAAUUUUGCACUGCUUCAGUUAGUGGAGCAUUUAUUUUUGAAUCAGCUGCAUUUGUUAAGACUGUAACAACGAAAGGCAUUUCCUGAGAAGCUGCAAGGAUGAGCAGAAAGAAAGAACAACAGCUAAGGAAAUACGGGACCCUAGUAGUGCUUUUUAUCUUCCAAGUUCAGAUUUUUGGUUUCGAUGUUGACAACCGACCUACAACAGAUGUCUGCUCAACUCACACAAUUUUACCUGGACCAAAAGGAGAUGAAGGUGGAAAAGGAGAUAGAGGAGAAGUGGGCAAACAAGGGAAGGUUGGACCAAAAGGACCAAAAGGAAACAAAGGAUCUGUGGGGGAUGUCGGUGACCAGGGAAUGCUUGGGAAAGUUGGUCCAAUUGGUGGAAAGGGUGACAAAGGAGCCAAAGGCUUAUCGGGGGUGUCUGGAAAAAAAGGGAAAGCAGGCACGGUCUGUGACUGUGGAAGAUACCGCAGAGUUGUUGGACAACUGAAUAUCAAUGUUGCUCGUCUUAACACAUCCAUCAAGUUUCUAAAGAAUGUUAUAGCAGGUAUCAGGGAGACAGAUGAGAAAUUCUAUUACAUCGUGAAAGAAGAGAAGAAUUACAGGGAAGCAUUGCUCCACUGCAGGGACAGAGGAGGAACACUGGCCAUGCCUAAAGAUGAAGCAACCAAUGCUCUGAUUGCUGACUACAUUUCCAGCAGUGGCCUCUUCCGAGCUUUCAUUGGGCUGAACGACAUGGAAAAAGAAGGACAGUUUGUGUAUGCAGACACCAGCCCACUGCAGAACUACAGUAACUGGAAGGACGGGGAGCCUCAUGACCCGGCAGGCCACGAGGACUGUGUGGAAAUGCUCAGCACGGGAGAAUGGAACGACUCCGAGUGCCAAGUCACCAUCUACUUUGUCUGUGAAUUUCUCAAGAAGAGGAAAUAGAAGUGUCACAGAACGUGCCUGGCACCUGCUGUCCGUACAAUAACUCCUCCUCACUCAUCCACUGUGGGAAGAGCAGACAACCAGGGACAGGGCCCAAUCCAGCCUGCACCUCACUGAGCUACGCAAGAGCAACUACUGAUAACAUGGCAGUGACCAUAAAGUCAACACAAGUCUGCAGGGGGAGUUCAGCCAGGCGUGAAUUUUUAUUCCAUUUCUAUGUGUAGUUUAGAGUGGGCAUUUGUAUGUGUAAUGUAGGGGCAAAUCUAGAGCAUGCACAGAUGAUUAUGAUUUCAUUAAUGCCAGAAAUAGUAAACUCACGGGUAUACUAAUUACUGAUGUGCUUCACAAAGUCCACAGAUGGAAGGAGUGGGAGUUUUAUUCAUCUUUGACCCGCACAAGACGUCCCGGUAAUUUUCGUGGUGACUUCAGAGCUGGAAGAACAGAUUUGCAGUUUCUCUUUUAAAAGCCCUUCUUUUGUUAGAAUCAUAGAAUAAUUUAAGUUGUAGGGGAUCCCUGGAAGUCAACUGGUUGGAUCUUCUAUGCAAAGCAGAGCCAACUUCAAACUUGGAUUAGAAGAUGUUAUACUCUCCUUCAUUUGGCUGUGCAAUUAUAUUGUCUGAUAUGCAGGGGAGAACUCAUUUCUUCUUCCAACUUCAUUGUCCAUCAGGCUGGUUUGAGGUGCAAGGAAUUAACGCAGCAACAGCACUUCCACAUGCAAGCCUGCACAGCUUGUAGGCAACUUGAGAAGAGCACCAUCAUUGUAGGCUGUAAACAGGCACAUGUAGUAUCAGCUACCCAAUGUGCAUUGCUGGUUUAACAGGUGAUUCCAAGACCCUGUGAACUCUCUAACUCAGUAGCCAGUGACAUUUGAUGACUAAUCUAAAAUCACGUGUGCCUUUGAGACACAAGAAGCAGCUACAGAAGAGGCUUUAUCCGCAAGAACCCAGAUGCAGGUCCAGUUGGUCAACUUGGUCGUGCGGUUCAGUGGGACUCUGCACAAUUGCUCAGCAGUAAGCGUGAUGGCUUUGCUGUCAGCAUGCCCAGAAUGGGUCACAUUUUCAUAUCUUCAUUCUGAAGGAGGUCUUUUCUUUAGACACAGCAACCAUUUUCCCUUCAGAAGUGAGCCUGGUUUUAGUCGUGGGUUAUCUUUCCUCACAGCAGGAGAUGUCAAGAGAAAUGCCGGGGUCCCUGCAAUGAAGGUCUAUAGAUUUUCUUUCCCACUUGACACUAACAAUGAAGGAAUGAUAUAAGGGGGCGAAGGAGAAUGCUAGACACCAGGCACAGUGCAGCAGAUGUACCCUGCAGGUCACCCUGAGCACCAGUUGCACGUAGUCUUCCUCUAGGUAUAUGAAGAGCUGGACCUGCCAUUUGCAAUGCAAAGGGUUAGCUCCAAGUCUCCCUUCCACUGCUGUGUACAGCAAGGCAACUAGGCAACAGUCAUAUUUCCCCAGCCUCACCCUCGACAGGAAAAUCCUCCAAACCAUUUAGCUCGUUGUUAGUUUGACUCCAAUCUCAUCUCUGAGCAAUGACCACCGCAGGAACAGCCCAGGACAUCCUGUGACUCAGAACCACUCUUGUAAUCCAGUUUCUCUGCUACUUGUUCCUCCAGAAAACCACUUGUUGCUACAAGCAGCAAAUUAUCUGUGUUGCUACACAGGCUCCAGAAAACUAUUCACACCUGUGAAUGAAGGAGUGGGACCACAUUUCUUUUCAUUGGUGCCUUACCAUGCUAUGAGAGUAUUUGGGCAAACAGGUUCACUUAGCACAACAUAACUCAUGCCAAAUUGUUCCCUUCCUGGGAAUCUAUAUUCCCCAAAAUUCAGCAGAAUUACACUUCUUAGUAAUAAACUCAUUAAGCUAAACACUUUGGUUUUAGAAUCGUUAAUAGGUAAUAAUAAAGAAUUAAUGACUAA